AUGGGACUUAAGGUUUUGCACUUGUCGCAUAAUGUUCUAUCUCAUUCUCCAUCUUCAUCUCAAACUCUAGCUUCAGCAAUUUCAUCUCCUUCGUCUAAACCAAGAACCAAAUUCGUUCCAUGUUCAGCUUUGUUUCGAUCGAGAAAUUUUGUUAUUCACAGGUCUCGAUCUUUGGAUCGAUACCCACUUUGGACUACGCGAAAGAGAAGUACUAUUAGAAGGGCUUUCAGUGCAAGCUUAGAUUCGUUCUCCGAUGAAGAAUUUGCGAAGAAAAUCGAAGAUUUAGCAUUCAGGUUCCAGAUUUCAAGCGAAAACAAUGCGAUUAUGGAUUUGGAAAGUUUCGAAGAGAGUUUAAAAGCAAGUUUAACUUCUUCUUCUUCGGGUUCCUCCGCGGUUAACUUUGCGGCAGACUUUGAACCGCCGUGGAACGGAAGCCAUGGCGGUGAGGAAAUUAUGCCGGCGAUAAUUGAACGGAAAGCAAACAGCGUGGAGCUUCCGUUUUCGUUGAGGAUUAUAAAAAAGAAGCUGAGAUUGAAAGAAGAGUUCAGAGAGGUUGGUGAAUCUGCGCGUUGUUCAGUGAAGAAAGCUUUUUCUUCCAUGGUUUUCAUCAUCAGAGAGCUUCAAUGUUUCACUCUGCAAAUGAGAGAGGCUCUUUUAUACGAAGAUUUACAAGGGAUUCUCGAAAGGGUGCAAAGGGAAAUGCACGCUUCAUUCGUGUGGCUAUUUCAACAAGUUUUCUCUCAUACACCAACGUUAAUGGUUUAUGUCAUGAUUCUCUUAGCGAAUUUCACCGUUCAUUCAAUGUCAAGCAACAACGCCUUCGCCGCCGUUGCUCCGCCGGUUGAGACGGAAUCUAUCGUCGAGUUUCGCGACAAUGAUUUUCAGAAAUUCGAUUCGUCUGUGAUUAAAUCGUUCUCUGUUUCAAACGGAAAUAACACGGCCUCCGUCGACGGAGGAAGCGGCCGAGGCGGGAAAUUCAAACCGGUAGCGAGUGGGUUCGAUGGGGAUGGCCGGUUUGAUAAAACCGGAACCGGUUUUUCAAAUGGCGGUGUUUAUAAAACAGGGGAAAAUGAACCGGAGUCGGUUUUAGAAAAAGAAGAUGAAGAAGAAGAAACUAAACUAUGGGAAAAUAUGGUGGAAGAAGCUUCUAGAAUGGAAGUGGAUUUAGAUCGAGAAGCAAUUAAACGAUUCGUUUCACCGGUUUCUGCUAGGAUUGAAUCUGAUGAUUAUGCUGAGUAUUUGAGAACAGAACUUGUUUAUCAAACCGCCUUGUCUCAAGAACCAAACAAUGGUCUUUUACUUGCUAACUAUGCUCAGUUUCUUUACAUCGUUGCACAUGAAUUUGAAAGGGCAGAGGAAUACUUCAAGAAAGCUAUAGAAGUGGAGCCACCGGAUGCUGAGUCGUUUAACAAAUACGCAAUGUUUUUAUGGAAAGUGAAAAACGAUUUGUGGGCUGCUGAGGAGACAUAUUUGGAGGCAAUUUCGGCUGAACCUAGUAACACUUAUUAUGCUGCAAAUUAUGCUCAUUUUCUAUGGAAUACUGGUGGAGAGGAUACGUGUUUUCCUCUUGAUAAUUCUCAAGAAGUUUAA